AUGGCAGAUGAAAGUGAUGCACCAACGGCAGGACCCUUCGCACCAUGGUCCUACGAUGGUACGAACAUGACCAAUCGGAUGUCUGAGAUCAACCACAGAGUUGUAUGUGGUAUAGGUGUUGAGAACUGUACCAAGUGGGCGUUAGAAGAUCCACGUGUGACAGCAAACGGUGGCCUCAUCCACACCCCACCACAGAUAAUUGAACCUAGAAGUACCGAUGCCAUGUUUGCACACAACAAGGCGCAAACAGCUACAGGAUCAUACGGUACCGUGACCUGGAAGAUCAAACCCUCUGCCCGGCCAGAUGCCUGUCGCAGUGUGGUGGUCAUGUGGUGUGCACCAUUCAACUUUGACUUCUUCAGGAAUUGGUUGGCUGUUGGGAUAACACAUCCAGGCACCACAGAUCACCAAGAGUCUUUCUUCGAUGAAAUGUACGUCUACGACAAAGGAGAUGGAGCCGUAAGGUACACAAGGAAACAGUACAGCGAUGAAAAUACGGCCAUAGAGAUCUUUGACGAGGAACUGACAGUAGAUGGAAGCAUGGGAAUGAGUCAUAGGCCAGAGAUUAAGAUCUCUGUUCGUCAAAGAUUCAAAAAGUUGUAA